AUGCCUGCCACACUCAAGCUCUGGUCAAAGAGCUUUGUCGAGCAACUGACGCCGAAGGCGUCACUGACGAACAAGAAAUCAGAGGAAACGAACCCGUGGGACAGUCCGAAUUUGUCCAACGUCUCGCCGCCGUCGCCAGCGUCAACGCACGAGCCGAUAACGCCGGGCGCGACCGAGCCGCUGCUGACGCCGUCUGGGGGCGGCGGCUACCAUCACGCGCUCCUGGGCAAGUCUCCAGGUCUCGGAGGCGCGCAAGUCACGGCAUCGCCCGCCAGUCCCGGAGGUGCCCAGGCUCUUCCGCCCUCCCUGAGCUUGCAGCCUCCCUCCUUCCAUGCGCCUCCCGCUUUCAAUAUGUCCCUCCCGCCAUCAAAAAAAUCCCAGAAUAUAACGACGAAGCAGCCACCGGCCACCAGGCCGGCUCUCUCUCGCCAGACGACAGCAGUGCCCGCAAAGGAUAAUAACUCCCAGGCCACUGCCGUGGGCCCGUCCAAGGGGCAGAUCCACGUCAAGCUCAUCGCCGCACGCAACCUCAACGUGCGCUCGCUUACCGCCAGGCCAUAUGUCGUCGUCGUAUUCGAGAAUAAUGAAUUCGUGUCACGCGAUCCGACCGGCGACGACGCAAAGGAGCUCAAGGGCGUCGCGACAAAUCUCUCCCGCACGUCCUCCUCCAAUGCCAUCAGCGCACUCGGCAAGGCGCAGGCCCAGGAUGCCGCACGACGAAACGCUUCUCCCGCUCCAAGUGGCGCAUCAGUCUCUUCCCACCGUUCCUCUGGUUCUUCGGGCUCGUCAAAUGGCCUCCAAAUCGGUGCCCGCAUGUCAUCCACCAACCCAGUUUGGAAACACGAAGUCUCAUUCGACGUGACUUCCGAGGAAUCCACCAUCGCCUUCAACGUUUACGACCGUUCCGAGGAAUGUCAAACGUAUCUCGGCACGGUUCAGUACAAACCGGUGCUCAUACACGACCAUACCGUGGAUCAGUGGUUCCGCCUCAAACCCACCGAGGAUGAAGUCGUCACCGGUGAAAUCCGCAUACAAAUAACCUUCGAGCAAUAUAAGUCCAAGCGCGCACUCACGCCGCGCGACUUCGAAUUCCUCAAACUCAUCGGGCGUGGCACUUUCGGUCGGGUCUUCCAGGUCCGCAAACGCGACACGCGCCGGAUCUAUGCUAUGAAGGUUCUUUCCAAGAAAGAAAUCAUCGCCAAGAAGGAGGUUGCGCAUACCAUCGGCGAGCGCAAGAUUUUGCAACGCUCCCUCGAGAGCCCAUUCCUCGUCGGCCUCAAGUUCUCUUUCCAGACCGAGACCGACCUCUACCUCGUCACCGACUUCAAGUCCGGUGGCGAGCUUUUCUGGCACCUCCAGAAGGAGACUCGCUUCUCCGAAGAACGCGCGCGCUUCUACAUUGCCGAACUCGUGCUGGCGCUCGAGCACUUGCACAAGUACGACAUCGUCUACCGCGACUUGAAGCCGGAGAACAUUCUCUUGGACGCAACAGGCCACGUCGCUCUUUGCGAUUUCGGCUUGUCGAAGCCGGACCUGCGCUCAGACGAGCUCACAAAUACGUUCUGCGGCACGACGGAAUAUCUUGCACCCGAAGUUCUCCUCGACGAGCACGGGUACAGCAAGCUCGUGGACUUCUGGUCCCUUGGCGUGCUCCUUUUCGAGAUGUGCUGCGGCUGGAGCCCAUUCUACGCAGAGGACACGCAGCAGAUGUACAAGAACAUCUGCUUCGGCAAGAUUCGGUUCCCUAAGGGUGUCAUCAACGAGGACGGCAAGCAGUUUGUCAAGGGCUUGUUGAACCGCAACCCCAAGCACCGGCUGGGCGCCCAGCGGGACGCCGAGGAGUUGAAGGAGCAUCCGUUCUUCAAGUCUAUUGACUGGGUGGCACUUGGGAAGAAGCAGGUUACACCGCCGUUCAAGCCUAAUGUCGAGUCGGACGAGAGCACCGCGAACUUCGAUCCCGAGUUCACGAACGCCGCCGUCGACGAUCCAACGCUCACUGGGCUCAUCGACGAGAACGACCCCAGCGCGAGCUGGGUGGAGGACGCGAACCCGAACGGUGUAUACACGCCUCAAGGCCCACUCGGCAGCGAUCGCCUCGCGUCGCCACCAGCUCCGGGCGCGCCCGGUAGUAUGGCGCAGAGCAUACAAAUUGGCGGCGCGAGAAACAAGCUUGCCGGAAGUCCGCCGUUAACGAGUAGCAUUCAGGACGAGUUCCGCGGCUUCACCUAUACGGGCGAGAGCGUGCUCAACUCACAGGCCGCUGGUCGACUCACUGAGGCAGAUGAGGAGGAUGCCGUCGAUGAUGAUGAGGUCGAGUACACGACUGAGGACGAGGCCGCUGACGAUGAGCGACCCGCCGGCCGUUAUGCGAAGCGUGGUCUGGUGGACGACUUGGAUAACCUCCACUUAUAA